CACCGCCAGUUCCGCCUGUCAGCUGUGGGCUCAGCGGCUGGCUGGGUCAUGUGACAGGAGUGACGCAGCUGUCUGCAGCGACGUGGAGAUAUGGCGCCUGGGACACCCUGACAGCCAAUAGCACCGGCAGCUGCACACAGGAACCUUUCUAGUAAUGCCCAGGCAGUAACGCAUUUAGAAAGAUGGGGGCCAAUAGUAGUACCAUAAAGGAACUGUCAGAAAAUGAAUUCCUGAAGAAACUCUCUGGAACGGAUUCUAUUUCUGAAAAUGAGCCCUUCUGGAACCAACUCCUUUCCUUCAGCUUCAGCACCCCCACUAACAGUGCCGACUCCAAGCUCCUGGAAGAGGGGACUCUUUCCAUCUGCAAGUCAUUAAUUGAGAAUAAUCCAAGAACUGGCAACCUAGGUGCUUUAAUCAGAGUCUUCCUCAGCCGAACGAAAGAACUGAAAAUAUCAGCAGAAUGUCAGAAUCAGCUCUUCAUCUGGCAGGCUCACAAUGCUCUCUUCAUAAUAUGCCGCUUGAUCAAAGUGUUCACGAGCCAAAUAUCUGAAGAGGAGCUGCUCCUUCACUUUACAUAUCGGCCAGCAGACCCUGGAAACUAUGAAUCAGAUACAGAAAAUCUGUUUGAGGAAUUAUUAUUCUGCCUUAUCCAGCUCAUCGUGGAAAUCCCUCUCCUAGAUCUCACCUACAGUAUCUUGCUGGAAGCCGUCACUGCCCUGAUCGUGCUGCUGUCGUAUCAGCUGUUCCGCAAGGAUAUUCUCCAUGAAAGUCCCAUACACAGGCACUUGAUGAAGGGCCCCUGCCUCCCCUACACUAGUAGGCUGGUGAAGACCCUGCUGUACAACUUUAUACGGCAGGAGAAAAGCCCCCCUCCCGGCUCCCACAUCUUCCCGCAGCAGCAGGACGGAGGGGGCCUCCUUUACGGGCUGGCAUCUGGCGUGGCAAGUGGCAUUUGGACAGUUUUAACAUUAGGUGGGGUGGGCAGCAAACCAACCCCCCAACAAGAACAGUCAUCUCCUCUCGCCAACCAAAGCCUUCUCCUGCUCCUGGUUCUCUCCAAUUUGACUGAUGCCCCUGACUGUCCCAAUCCCUUCAGGCAAUCUGUUACAUUCUUCCGCAACACCCAAGACAGUUCGGUUUCACCCACCCCAAAUCCUCACUCGUUUCAGAUAAAUUUCAACAGUCUGUAUACAGCUCUCUGUGAGCAGCAGAAGUCUGAUCAGGCCACUCUCCUCUUAUACACAUUAUUGCAUCAAAAUAGCAACGUGAGGACUUACGUUCUGGCACGGUCCGACAUGGAGAACCUUGUUUUGCCCAUAUUGGAAAUUCUCUAUCAUGUGGAAGACCGCAAUUCCCACCACGUUUACAUGGCUCUCAUCAUUCUCCUCAUCCUCACUGAAGACGAUGGUUUCAACCGUUCCAUUCACGAAGUGAUUUUGAAAAAUAUUACAUGGUACACAGAGAGGGUGCUGACUGAGAUUUCCUUGGGAAGUCUCCUUAUAUUAGUCGUGAUCCGAACCAUCCAGUACAACAUGACACGAACCAGGGACAAGUACCUCCAUACCAACUGCUUGGCAGCCCUGGCCAACAUGUCAGCCCAGUUCCGCUCACUUCACCAGUAUGCAGCCCAAAGGAUCAUCAGUUAUGCCUGCCGCCACUUGCGGAGAUAUUUAUAUGUCCUGGACAAACUCUAUUUCCCUCACUCGCACUGCGCCACGCUGCAGCAUUGCUUCUCGGCUCUCAGUGACAAUGGGGAGGAACUCUUGUCUCUCACUUGCUCCCAUAUUCUCAGAUCCUAUGCCUCCAGUUUGUUUUCCUUGCUGUCGAAAAAACACAACAAAGUUCUGGAGCAAGCCACCCAGUCUCUGCGAGGAUCGCUUGGCUCAGACGAGUCGCCACUUCCUGACUACGCCCAAGAUCUGAACGUCAUUGAAGAAGUGAUCCGGAUGAUGUUGGAGAUCAUCAACUCCUGCCUAACCAAUUCGCUUCACCAUAACCCCAACAUGGUGUACGCCUUACUGUACAAGCGCGAGCUCUUUGAGCAGUUUCGGAGUCACCCUUCCUUCCAGGACAUCAUGCAGAAUAUUGACAUGGUGAUCAGCUUCUUCAGCUUACGCCUGGAGCAGGCCGGAGCCGAUCUGUCAGUGGAGAGAGUUCUGGAAGUGAUCAAGCAAGGAGCCGUGGCCUUGCCCAAAGACCGGCUGAGAAAAUUCCCGGAGCUGAAGUUCAAGUACGUGGAAGAGGAGCAGCCGGAGGAGUUCUUUAUCCCCUACGCGUGGUCCUUAGUGUAUCACUCGGGGGUCGGGCUCUACUGGAACCCCCAGGACAUCCAGCUCUUCACCAUGGAUUCUGGCUGACAGGCAAUUGGGCCCAAAGAGGUUCCGCUGUGUCCGACUGAACCGCUUGAGCGCAUGGAGUGACGUCUAUUGCUCAGCACUGUUACCUCCCCCCCAGAGACUCUGGAUCUCCCAGAAGCCCCUGCGCCUAUCCUGCCUUCCGUCAGAGGCCACUUUCUGCGUUUUUUUGGUUGUUAUUAUUAUUAUUAUUAUUAAUGCCCCCCCGGGGUUCAGAGGGGGCUCCUUGGAAAGUAAAUGUCCCUUUUCAAGGUAUAAAUUGCAUAUUAUUCAUGUCUUAUAUUUUUAUUAAACAGUAUAAUAAUUGCUAGGGAUUUUUAGUAUUUACCCCCCCCGCCUCCUUUUUGGUACGUGCCACCAGCCUUUGGGUCUGUCCAACUGCAACGGGGACAUUAAGGUGGUACCUGCGACCCAAUUCCUAGUGUCCCGCCAACGGCCAGAGGGUGCAGGGAGUUGCAGCUCCACAACUGCCGGAGGGUCACAGCUUAAAUCCCGCCCAUUAAUUUUGAUUGGUUAGCGCGGUGGAGAGACGGCAACGUCUCACAGGAUAAAGGAUGAUGGUAUUGCUGAUACUUUGGUUCACUUGAUUCAAUAAAGCUGUGAAGAUAUCCGAUUGCAA